GCUUAGCCUGGAAAAGAGCAAAAACACAAAACUCUCAAGAGCUCAGCUGCCUUUCCCUCGUGCUUGACUUCUUCGAAUUGUGCUAGCUGCUCAACCUGUGGAGAUGUGAGAAUUUAAAUCUCUUUAACAGCGCUCUCCAAAUGAGAGUUGUACAAAGUGAUGCCUGAAGUGUCCUCACCUUCACCCCCCUUCCAGUGCAAAGCUGGGGAAGCAGAUAACCUCCACCGUGUAGGGUUGAUGCAGGUUAGAAACCUGUUUCGAAAACAGGAUACUAAAAAUGCUCUGGUGGGUAGCUGAUAUAGUUAUUUUUUUCAGUUAAGCUAUCAGAUCCGGAUGUGGUUACUUACUGCAGCUUGUCAGUGUUCUCACAUGCAGUGCAUACCACAACGCUAUGGGAGAGUUCUUUAACCUACUCAGCAUGACUUUAACUGUGAAAAUGUUCAGUUCUCCUUUCUCAAUAUCUACCAUAGACUGUUUUUUAAAUUUGCUUCGUAAAAAACACUGUCUGAUUUAGCAGAAUAGGGAUACAGCAAGAGUUAUAUCAACACCAGUACAUUUUGUUCCUUCUCUUUUGACGAACAGACAUAUCCAUUCGAUCAUCUAAUAAUUUCUUUCUUUGAUGCUAAAUUUCUUUAAUUACAUUGUGUAUCAAUUAGAAGCAACUAUAGCCUUAACACUUUUAACUCAAACUAGCUGUAUUGCCUGACAUGACAAUGGCACAUUUUUUGUUGAAAAUGUUUGGUUGUUUAAAUGAUUGGCGUGACAAUUUCACAUUCCCCCAAGUACUGCCAAAACCAUAGAACAUAAUGCAUAAUGUUAAAUCAACUCUAAUGGAGUGCAUAUGGUCCCUAUUUUGAUGUUUUAUCCUUGUAUAUCUCUGCAGUAUUGAAGAGUAGCGUAAAUGUUUCUUCCUGUCCUUCUGAUGAGAGUACAUUUUAUCCGAUAUGAUUUAUCUGAUUAUCAUCGCGCAUAUACAUGGACAGUGUGUUCACUAGAUGUCGCUGUUUAAAUGUGAAAUGAUUCUCAGUAAUUCUCACCCUCACACAUGCUAUUCAUUUUUCUCUUUACCACAAAUGUUUUCAUUUUUUCUCUUCUUCUUUUGAGCUGGGUUAAACAGCUUGGCACAAAUUUGCAUUUCCAUUGAAAUAUAUGCAUGCAAUUUGUUCUUGAGAAAAUUUCAGAAGUAUUAUAAUUUUUAAUUGUAAGUUUUUAUAUUUUAGCUAUGGAAAUCUCUUUCGACAAUUAAUUACCUUAAUUGAUUCACAGAUAUUCCUCAGGUACUUAAAUUAAGGAAAGACCAUGAAUUAAUGAAGGGUCUUACGUCGCUAAAUCGGUAAUUUAGCAUGUUCGGAGCAUUGGCACAAUUAAAAAGAUAAACGUCUUGCAAAACUAAAUUUAAAAUACAUUAAUAAGUCAAGUGCAAACAUUUCCAGAAAACUAAAGGAUAGUAACAUUAUAAAACACAUCUACUAAAUGAAUAAUUCGAAUGUUGGUGGUAAAAGUUUUCGUGAAAAAUGUUAUGUAUACAUGCCCUUCGCACAACCAUAUACGCAUCACCCCCGCAAUACGGCAGCAGCCUCAGUAUCAAUUGACUGCUGCUACACAAACUAAAGUCAUUACUAUGUUUUCAUGUCUUGGGGCUUAAAUAAAUGACACAGAAAUACAAAAUAAAAACAGGGGGAUGCAAAAGCAGCACGCUUGCGUUUGUGGUUGUAAACUUAGUACACGUUAUCAAUGUUAGCUUCCCUGGAAUCAAGCCAAGUCGACGUCACCGAGAGUGUAGGUGGGGUUAAUGAAGAGAAUAUUAUAGCGGUGUACCGUUGCUGUGGUCUGAGAGGGACAGAGCGAAAGCAGCGCACUGUGGUUGAGGAACAACCUUGGCAAUGAUGUGGAAACAUUAUCUAUCCGAUUUGGAUCCAGAGCGACGCCAGCGAUAUCACUCCACGCGUUUGGAUCGACAGUUCCUGGGGGGGUUUCUGCAUGUCAUAGGCAGCUCCGCGGUGCUGGCGCAGUCUUCCGUAAGAUGGACAUUGAAUUCUCACUUCAAAGAACACAUUCAAAGUCGAGUCCGUGCUUAACAUAGAUUCAAAGUCAACCCGUUCUACGCGUCUUAGUUACUAUCUGCCAACUGAGCAGAAGACACUGAACUCUUGCUACCACUGAAACUGCUAGCGCUUUCCCUAUCUCAUAAAGCUUGUUUAAUAGCACUGCGGAAAGGUUUGUGUUUAUUCAAGUGCUCUGGCAGGUAGCAUAUUGGGCUGAACGAGGUGUGGAGAUAGAUAGUAAGCCCAAAGCUCAACAAGGAGAGAGUGAAAAGGUGGGGAGGGGAGUCUCUCCACCCACCUGUCCGGACACCUUACCAUGGCUUUGCCAGAUAACUCCAGCAGUUUUCAAGGUGAGGAGCCACCUUUCCCAGAGAUUGUGGAGCUGAAUGUAGGUGGUCAGGUGUACAUUACCCGCUACUCAACGCUCACCAGCGUGCCCGACUCUCUCCUGUGGGAGAUGUUUAGCCGGAAGACCUCGAAGGGGCUUGCUCGCGACACCAAGGGUCGCUUUUUUGUCGACCGGGACGGCUUUCUUUUCCGCUACAUCCUGGACUACAUGCGGGACCAGCAGCUGGUGCUUCCCGACCACUUCCCAGAGCGCGGACGGCUGCAGCGAGAGGCUGAGUUUUUCAACCUUCCAGACCUCGUCAAGCAGCUCGCGCCCAGGAUCAGCAAGCAGAACUCUCUGGGCGACGAAGGCUGCCAGAGUGACCCUGAGGAGUCGUCUCCCAGCAACGACGCGGCCCGUAACCUGGCGUCCCUGGGCGCGGCUGCGGCUGCGUGCGCCAGCCUGGUGCCCGGGGCGGGCAGCGAGGGUAAGCGCUCCGGCUUCAUUACCAUCGGCUACCGGGGCUCCUACACGCUGGGCCGCGACAGCCAGACGGAUGCCAAGUUCCGGCGGGUGGCUCGGAUCAUGGUGUGCGGGAAGACCUCGCUGGCCAAGGAGGUGUUCGGGGAAACGCUCAACGAGAGCCGGGAUCCCGACCGCCCGCCUGAGCGCUACACCUCGCGCUACUAUCUCAAGUUCACCUUCCUGGAGCAGGCCUUCGACAAGCUGGCCGACGCCGGCUUCCACAUGGUGGCCUGCAACUCCACGGGCACCUGCGCCUUCGCCCACGAGCAGACAGACGACAAGAUCUGGACCAGCUACACGGAAUAUGUGUUCUACCGUGGGAGAUCUAUGAUCCAAGUGCCAGUCGGCGACAUACAUGAUCCCUGCGUGACCUACAGUCAAGCAAAGAACAGAAUAACUCUGGACUCGAGGAAUGGAUCCUCGCUGGCCAUCACCACACCGCCCCUCUCCCCUCUCCUCUCCGACAGCUCUCCUCUCCUUUCACCUCAUCUGUCUUCUGCCCUGGACACGCCUCCAUCCAUGCCCCCUCUGGCCCCAUCUCCCCUGCCCGCCGUCAGCCCCUCCAGGCCCACCACCCUGGCCCUCAGGACCCUGCCCCAUCGCUCAGACAGGGUGAAUGGGUGUCCCCCUGCACACGAGCCUGAGGAGGAGGAUAAGAAGGCCAUGGAGGAGGAGCUGAAGAAGUGCAUCGAGGACUUCAGGAGGAUCCGCAUCCCCCGGUGCUUCCCCGAUCGCAAGAGGCACUGGCAGACGGACCUGCUGAAGAAAUACGAUGCCUAGCCGUCGCUACGCCGCUGCUCUCUGGCGCCACCUAGCUGCACGGGCAACAGUACGUCUGCGCAGGGGUGGCACUCGCCCCUUUCUAGACACCAAAGUGAAGGGUAUGGGAAUUUUGAAGAAGACACAAAAAAAAAACAUAUUUUGCUAAGAGCAUUAUAUGUGUGUUUUUCUCCCACAAGGAUCAUGUUGUUUUUGUUUUUAUUUAUUUAUUUGGGGGGGUGGGGGGUAGGGGGCUAUGGAAAUCAGUGAUGACGAGAUCUAUACUGACAGGACUUACAAUUUAUAACUGAAGCAACAGGUUUAAGAUUACUGUUUGAGCCGUUUAGUCCACAUCGAAUAAAACAACAACACUAUUUAAGUUUAGCAACAGAAUUACACUUUUUAAAGCCCUAUAUAAUAGCAAGAAAAUAACUGCUAUGCAUCUACAUAUAGUUACAUAACCUGUGUUAUUAGGUAAAAGUGAUGAGUGGGGCUUGAAGGUUAGGUUCAGAUUGGCGGUUAUGGUAAUGAGUGGCUUUGGGCUUAGCUGGUAUUUGGACGAUGGUUAGUAGGACUAAGAUUAUUAGAACUACCUGAGUAAAAACGUAACCUGUGAAAUAGUGUUUUGUAUCAUUGCUUUGUAACAAGAAGUAAUACAUAAUAGCUGCGCAUUGAAUAAACAGUAAUUACACU